UUAAAAUUUUAAGAAUAGAAUUAAUUUAGAUAAACUGUGCUUGCUGUAUUCGCUUAAUAAAUUAAAAAAGCAGGGCAUUAUUCGGUGGGCACAAAAAACAAACUUUUCAUCUAAUGGAAGUCAACAUCGUUCAUCCGGAUGAUGAUCCGGAUAUUCUCGCUGAAGACAAUACUCGGCCCUCGCUACCGGAGGAUUUCCCAAAUUUUCGUGAUUUUCAAAUUGAAAAAAUGGUUCAGCACUUCCGUGUGGUAACAGACGGAUCGGUACAGCGACUUCGGCUUGGUUUCAAGUGUAAGUUGUGUAACGAGGUAUUCAACAAAACGAUGCAGUUACUGGGACACAUCCGGAAACAUUUCGAGGACAACCACAGUUGCCGUGAUUGUGGAAAAUAUUUUUUCGAUACGAAUAAACUACACAUUCAUAAAAGAGCCAAACAUACACAGGCGUUAAAGUGCCAGUUAGGAUGUCCUAGUUAUACAACAUCUAAUAUUAAAUGUCUUCAGUCGCAUUACUUGCGCUAUCACUGUAUAAAGAUUAGGCCGAGAGAAAUGAAGAAAAUGGAGGAGACGCUGGUCGGUAGAUCUGGACAUUUGAGUAAAUUUAGAAUCCGUCGAGAAGAAAUCGCAGAUCAGCAGAGAGCUUUAUCUACUGCUCAAGUGUUCGAGAAAGCUGAUGUUGAGGAGCAAGACCAGGAAGUUGAGACAAGAACUGAAAUUGAUGAUGACGACUUUGAUGAACCGGAGGACUACGGUCAAACGGUAGAGUGUUGCGUCUGUGAUGUAUACAUUCCAAGUGAGGAUGAUUUGCGAGUACAUGAGGAAACUCACAGUAGUCCGUACGUUUGUAAGAUUUGUUUGACUGCAUUUGAGCAGCUUGAUGAUGCUCGUGAUCAUUAUGAUUCUCACGAGAAAACUCAGGUCAUGCAGAAUCCUCUCCAGGUACAGUCUAUCAGUCUAUCUCCGGCAAUUUUGCAGCAGCCUCAACUUCAAACGAGCAUCCCUGUAAACACGAUUACCACUCAAAGUCAACAGCAUAAUCCCACCCCAAACAUUACAACUAUGAUUGUAAUGCAUAAUGGAAAUCCCAUUCUAAUUCCAGUUCAAACCUUUGAUAGUAGUCAGUUAGUUCCAGCUUUCCAGCAGCACUCAGUCCCUGCACAAAUUACUACGCAGCCGGCUACCACGAUUACGCCUAUCACAGCUGCCUGGCCAAUCAAUCAGUUACUUCCCGUAAACAAUCAAAUCGAAAUCAUUCCAAUCCACUCGACUCAUCAAGCAGGUAACCCUCCCACAGGGACCAAUGCGGCGGGAGCAUUAAAUCCGAUUGGACCUCCUGCAGGGGCGAUCCCAAUUCAAAAUAUAAUUAAUAUAAAGCAGGAGCACGGUCCUCCAACGGCAGCUCACGUUCAGCAUAACGCUGGCGGAGGAAUCGUAAUAACGCCCAUUACUGCGUUAGAUCAAAACUUCUUGCGACAACAACAGCAACAGGCAUUACAUGCACAGAUACAAAUGCAACAACAGCAGCAGCAACAACAACAGCAGCAUUACCAACCCCAAUCGUAAGCUGAAUAUAGAGAUGAUCAAACUGACUAAAAUCGAAAUUUUAACGAGGCACCAAUCACUUCGAAGACGUGUCAUACUAAUAAGAAUUAUGUGUAAAAAAACUUGAAUGGCGUACAAUUUAUAAAAUAGGAACAGUUUUUUUUUUGGUUUUGAAGCCGAACUGAACAGCUGUCUGAAUGUGGGAAACAUAAUCAAAAAAAAAAUGGUAUGGUCGAAGCGUAAACGAAUUACUACUAUUUACGAUUUUGUGCCAGUCGAACGCUGUCAUCGUUUUAAAAUGUUGUAUAAUCUACUAUUAUAGACAUUCAUGCAUAACACUUACCAAAAUUAUAGCGGCGGAUGCUGAACGAAAAAAAUUUUUUGCUUAUGUGCAUAGUUUCGCGGUAUAUCUAUUAGGUGUUAUGCGACAGUAUACAUCUAACGUCCACUAUUUGUUUUUUUAAAUGAGGUUUUUCGAAUAUAUAUUUAUUUAUUGUCAUUAUUAUUAGCACUUUUGAAGAAAGUAUCUUCUCGUAGUUUUGAACGAUUUAGUUAUGAGAGGUCGAGCGUUUUAGGCUGGGAAUUUUUAAAGAUUUUACUUUAGAGAAUUUUAAUGUUUAAUGGUUUUGAUACAAUUUAUGUGUUGUGGGAUACCUAAGCUGUCACAAUGCUAAUUGAGAACAUUUGCGUUCCAAAAAGAAUGUCGGGCCUGAUAUGUGAUCAAAUACGAUGGCACUUUCAUAUAAGAAAAUCAGCAGACCUUCUAAGCCUAUUAACCCUCUCUUUCCCAUGGCAGCACAAGCGAUUCAUGAUAUCCAAUACUAAAAUCAACAGAUCAAAUAUUUCAGACAUUUGAAUAUUGAUAUUUCUAUUUCCGAACGUAGUAGAAGCAUUGUUCUAAAGGUUGUGUAGUUGUGCUUAAUGAAUUCUGGUUAAAAACCGUUGCGGUUAACUAAAAACUGCAAACCAGGUAUACACCCUUAGAACGGAGAGGGUUAAUUUUAAGUGAAAUAAAGCCGUUCCAUCGAAAAUCCUUCAUAGAUACCUACUGAAAACUGAUAUCGGAUAUAUAGAUUUAGUCCUGUGUUGUAUCGAGCAUGUUAUAAACGAUGACAUAGGUACUUCAGAAUGAGUUUCACUUUAAGCAGGUUAAACGUCAAAUAAACGUGUCGAAUGCUACUUAACUAGCAAUGUCUAUCAUCUGUUGAUCCAAGUUAUACAACUUUAGAGUCAGUAAGGAAAUUUAGACUGGAAUUUACAUGCAAUCAUGUAGAACAAAAACAACCCGUUUAGUUUAUAUUUAGUAAGCAACCUUA